AUGGCAAGGUCGAUCGAAACCGCCCCGGAGAGAAACGGAGUUUGGGGAGAGGAGAAAAGGGAGGCGGUACCUUGCAGCAAGCCGACUUCGGAUGAGUCCAUCACGAGCGAUGACGCUGGGACUGUCGAUGAGAUCGUACAAGACCAGCCACCAGCUCUUCCCUUUUCGAAGGCACGAUGCAUUGCCCUCGUGGCAACGGUUGCGGGAGCUAGUUUUCUGAACACUGUAUCUGGCCAAGCAGUGGUCAUUGUCCUGCCAACAAUCGGACGGCACUUGGACAUACCAGAUUCUCGGCUGCAGUGGGUGGUAUCUGCGUAUAAUCUUGCAUUUGGCUGCUUCCUUCUGCUUUGGGGCCGCAUUGCCGACAUCUACGGCAAACGCAAGAUCUUCAUCUGGGGUUCUGCUUGGGUAGCCAUCACUACCGUCAUCAAUCCGUUUUUGCCAAACGAGAUCGCGUUCGAUCUUUUUCGAGGUCUGCAAGGCUUGGGGGCGGCGGCGAAUGUGCCAACAGCCAUUGGUAUUCUAGGAACCACCUUUCCGCCUGGGAAGGCAAAGAACUAUGCUUUUAGUUGCUAUGCCGCUGGAGCGCCACUCGGCGCCGUCUUUGGCAAUCUGGUCGCUGGGCUCAUUGCCGAGUAUGCGUCAUGGAAAUGGGUGUUUGGUGUAAUAGCCAUCCUCGCGGCCAUCAUCACCGUGGCAGCCAUUUUCGUGAUCCCGCCACCCAAGCAUACUCUACACCAAGAUGGAGCAUCUGUUAAGGGAUCCGUGGACUGGAUUGGAGCGUUCUUGAUUACAGCCGGCCUUCUUGUCCUCCUCUUCGCGCUCACCGAAGGCAAUGUAGUCGGGUGGAGGACUCCUUGGGUCCCGGUUCUGAUUGUUGUUGCUGUUGCUCUGGUCGUUGUUUUUGUGCUCUGGCAGCAACACCUCGAGAAGACAGGCAAGCAGGCGCCGAUCAUGAAGGUGUCCAUGUUCCACAGCAAGCGCUUCAGCGCGGCAAUGCUGAUCAUGGGUCUGUUCUUCAGCAGCUUCAGUGGAUGGUUGGUGUUUGCGACCUACUUCUACCAGGAUUAUCAAGGCCAAUCCGUGAUCCAGACAACACUUCGGUUCCUGCCAACCGGAGUCAUGGGUCUGAUUUGUGCCUUUGUCGUUUCGCAGUUGCUUUCCCGCGUGCCGACCUACAUGAUGCUGGCAUUUGGCAACGCUUGUGUGGCCAUCACUUGCAUUCUCUUCGCCGCACCCAUUCCUCCCCAUACAUCCUACUGGGCAUGGUCAUUCAUAGGUAUGAUUUUGUCUGUCAUCGGCGCGGACACGGCAUGGCCGUGUUUGAUACUAUUCACGAGCCACUCGCUCCCACAAGCCGAUCAGGCUCUGGGUGGCGCUCUUGUCAACGCUUGUGGGCAAAUUGGUCGCGCGGUAGGGCUUGCUAUUGCGACAGCCAUUCAAACCGCAGUAAUGGCUCAACAACGUGGUGUCAGUGUCGAAGACGCCGGAUACAUGAAAGAGUGGGAAGACGCAUCUCUGGCCGGUAUUAGGGCCGCCAACUGGUUCCAUAUGGCGUUGGGACUCUGCUCGCUCGCUGUCGUGUUAAUAGCCUUUCGAGGCUCGGGCAUCAUUGGGAAAAUUCCUGCAGGCAACGUCAAGAGAAACGAACAGUCAGCACAACCUGAAGCUGGACGAAAAGCAGCGGACGAGGAAAUGGGGAUCAGCGAAUCUGAUGACGCAAAGAGGAUAUCCCAAUAGAGUCAGGUUGGGUUUAUGUUAUUUAUUUUCUGUAAAAGAUUGACAAGGGCCAUCAUUUGUGUACCUC